AAGUUUGUGCUAAACCUCUUUCCACUAACCUCAUAUGUUAUGGUCCCGGCAUGUAGCUUUUAUGGUUGGGCAGCCUCUGAUUUGUAGUAUGUCUUCUAUAUCAAUAUACUUUGAUGUUACUUAUGUUGUAAAGGAGUAGUUUUCACCCUGAGCUAUCUCAAUCUGUAAUAUGUCAAUGAUGCAUGCUGUUGUCGCAGGAGGAAGCAAAAUGUCGUCUCUCACAAUUCUUGCCAUUGUCAUCCCAAUUGCUGUUGCCGUGGUUCUCUUCUUGGUGGGCUUUUGCUUCUCUCGGAGGAGAGCAAUGAAGAAAUACAAUAUGGUGUCCGAAGAAAACGUGGGAAAUGAAAUUAAAACCAUAGAGUCCUUGCAAUUUGACUGGGAUACUAUUGAAGCUGCCACAAACAAGUUCUCAGAUGAUAACAAGACAGGUGAAGGGGGAUUUGGCGUGGUUUACAAGGGUACCCUUUUUAAUGGACGACAAAUCGCUGUGAAGAGACUAUCUAAAAGCUCUGGGCAGGGUGCCGUCGAGUUUAAGAAUGAGAUUUUAGUGGUAGCCAAACUUCAACAUAGAAAUCUGGUUAGACUAUUGGGAUUUUGCUUGGAAGGAGAAGACAAGUUACUCGUUUAUGAAUAUGUGACCACAAAAGCCUUGAUUACUUUCUAUUCGGUUUGGCCCAUCUGAACUUAAUGUCUAGUUCUUUUUUCCCCCUUAAAAGGGCUACCUCUGGUUUUAUGUCCAAAGAGAA